AAAAAGAACUCCAAUUCCCUUCGAGUCUCCAGCGCACUUCACGGUUUACGUUCUCGCUUCAGACCACCAAGAAAGGCGCCUGGCACCUGCCAUGGCUUCCUCCCCCCACCGCCUCCUCCUCCUCCCAAUCCUCGCAGUGUUCGCCGCGCCGUGGGGUGCGGCACCGGCGGACGCCGACGCGGCAACCUGCAAGGCGUGGCUGGUGCAGUCCAUCCCCACGGACAUGCCGCACCUCCGCCGCGUCCCCGGGGUCCUCUCCACGGGGGAUGUGCUGCAGUGGCUCUCAGGGAAUGCAACAAAGAACCUGGACAUCCUUGCACAGUAUUGGCAGUUCUUAGCGCAGCCAAAGAAUCCAAAAUCAGGGGAUUAUGGGUUCUCAGAGAGUGACAUGAAGAGAUUUGGGGCUGAUGAGGGGCUCCGGGUUUACAAGGCAUUGGAGAAUGCUGCAGAUCGUAAGAUUAAAAUCAGGAUCGUGCAACACUCUGGGUUUGCUCCUGAUUUUGACAAAGAGAGUGCCGAUCUGGCUUCAGGAAGACCAAAUGUUCAGAACGUAACCCUUCUUUUUGGUGAUUGGUGGGGAUCUGGAGUUGUGCAUGCAAAAGUCUGGAUAUCAGAUAAAAAGGAUGUGUAUAUUGGGUCAGCGAACAACGAUUGGAAAUCCCUUGCUCAGGUCAAGGAACUUGGAGUUUAUUUUGCUGAUUGUCCACAAAUAGCAAAAACUGUGGAAGUAUAUUAUCAAAAUCUUUGGACGCUUUCAACCCUCAAUUCAACUGCUUACACCAAAGUAGUCUGGGAUAAGCAGUGGCAAGUUUCUAGAAAGGUUCCAUGCUGGUCACAUUUCCUACAGCCAAAAGAAAGAUGCAGGUCACCUAUACCACUUUCUGUUGACAUCCCAUAUAUGGAUGGCUAUCCAGCUGUUGCCAAUCCUGAAAUGAUUGAUGUUCCAUUUAAAACCCCUGGGUACAAGAAAUCCACUCAGGAACACUACUUGAGCUACCUUUCCUUUGCUCCACCUGAGGUGUCAUUUGACAAAUUCCAAGCAGAUGAGCAGGGUUGGGUUGACACCAUUAAGUCUGUCAAGAUUGGGGGAAUUGUACGAGUAAGUACUAUGGAUUGGCUUGGGCAGUCACAAUAUGCUACUCAAACAGUCUUCUGGCCAUCUUUGUCGUCAGCAAUCUCAGAGGUAGUAUUCUCAAAGAAUGCAACUGUAAGGCUACUUGUUGCCUAUUGGGCAUAUUUCAUCCCAAGCACUGAGAAAUACUUGAAGAGCCUUCUAUACUCAAACAUCCUUUGUGCGUCUUCGAAAUAUAACCACUGUGGUGGCAAGGUUGAGAUCAAAUACUUCAUGGUUCCCGGGUAUAACGAAACAGGACCUGCAUUGUCGCAAGGCACUGCAACCGGGAACCGCUACCCUGACUUCACGCGGGUGAACCAUGGCAAGUACGCUGUCAGUGAUGUGAGGGCCAACAUUGGCACCAGCAACCUUAUCUGGGAUUACUUCUACACCACGGCUGGAGUGAGCUUUGGGACAUACAACCCCUCCAUUGUGAUACAGCUGCAAGAUAUCUUUGAUGCGGAUUGGUAUUCUCCUUAUACUAUACCGGUUAAACCACUGGAUGCGUCAGUGUAGGAUCACGUCAGGUCAAUCUGCUGUUCUCCCCUACAUAUAGCCAAUAAAGAAAGAUCACGGAGUCCCGGAAUGGAUUGUGGAGUUGCAAAGCAUCAUCCAAGAGGGAGAGGGAAUCACACACAACAAUACGGAGAUUUUAGCGUUCGUUUUGUUUAGCGUCUGCAAAACUGUUCAGUUCAUAGAAUAAACUACUCGCUGACAAUGGUACCUCCAAAAUGUACAAAUGUAAAUACUUUCCUGUUUCUACUGAUUUUUUUUUUUUGUUUGAGUGGCUUUGGAGCACUAAACAACUUUUGAGCAGUACUUUCUUCACAAUUUUCUCCAGUUUCUUCAAUACAAUUUAGCCUCU